AGUUUGACAUCUCGCCGGAGACGUAUCGUCAGCUGUUCCGGUCCAUGGCGUUGCCAUGCGGGGAGAACCCUUCAGAGACCUACCACCGCUUAAAGGGUCUCUACCGACGAUGGAUUCGUCCGGUGCAGCACACAAAGGAGCAGAUCGGUGAGCAGAUCAUUUUGGAGCAGCUUCUACGUGUCAUCCCUACAGACAUCCGCACCUCGGUGAAGGAGCACGAGCCCACAGAUGGACUAGCUGCGGCCAAGCUAGCGCAACAGUACAUCAACGCACGAAGGGGAGGCCCAGCUUCAUACCAAGGUGGUCCCGGUCGUCAGCCUUCUUCCCAGCCCAGACCAGCAGCCAGAGCCAACCCACCUCUGCCAGGAGAACGCCACCCUGCACCCAGCCAGCACAGUUCCAGUAAGGAGCUCAUCUGCUUUUACUGUCAGCAGGCAGGCCACAAAGCUUCUCUAUGCCCCAUCAGAAAAGCUAAACUGAGUGGUGCAUGCUACACUCCCCGCACUGAGGAUGGAAGAGCUGUGGGAAGGCGGCAGCGUGUUCAAGGCAUUACCAUUAAUGGUGAACCUGUGACUGCUCUGGUUGACUCGGAUAGCUUUCUGACGCUGGUCCGUAGGGAUUUAGUGCCAACGGGCAUUGUGGACUAUAGCAGACAGGAGGACAUUUUGUGCGUGCACGGGGACAGCCAUUCCUACCCUACUGCUGAUCUGACUGUGGUGGUGGAUGAGCAACCCUAUUUGAUGACUGUGGGGGUGGUGGAAAAGCUGCCUGUAGCUGCCAUACUGGGAUGGGACUUACCGGUGCUACUUGAUGUGCUGCUGGAUGUGGAGGCCAAAGACAGUGACGGGGUUAAGAGCUUGUCUGGUCAGGUGAUCACCCGCGCCCACGCCAGAGCGGGGGUGACGUCCGACCCAUGGCAGAGAAAGGGACCAGAUCCAGAACCCUUUUCAACCCUGGACAGCAGUUUGUUUGAGGGGGGCACAAAGGGCCCGAGGAAGUCUCGCCGCCAGCGGCGUUUUGAAAAGGAGCUUAAAACCAGGCAGCCAGACUGUAAAGAGGGACUAACAAAGGACAUAUGGAAGGUGCCUGGGGACAUGUGGGCCUUGCAAAGGGAGGAUGGGACUCUUAAGACAUUGUUCACCAAAGCAGUUGGGGGGCUGGAUAUGGCAAAGGAGGGAAAAGAAUGCUUUGUCAUUGACAACGAUGUCCUGUAUGCACUGGCUGACGGGGUCAAGCGUCUCGUGGUUCCUGGGUCAUGUCGACCAAUGAUAAUGCACCUGGCACACACCUUGCCUUGGGCUGGUCAUCUUGGUCGCAACAAAACCUAUCUGCGCCUAGCCUCCAGAUUCUAUUGGCCCUCCAUGUAUACAGAUGUCCAAACUUUCUGCAGAACCUGUUCCACCUGCCAGAAAACCUGCUAUGUCCGCCAAUCAGACUGUGCCUACCUCCAGCCUCUGCCCAUUAUCGCCACCACUUUUAGGCGUAUAGCCAUGGACAUUGUUGGCCCCUUGGUGCGAAGCAGUACAGGGCAUCAGUACAUUCUGGUGGUCUGUGAUUAUGCCACAAGGUUUCCUGAGGCCUUUCCCUUGUGCACUGUCACUGCCCCUGCUGUGCUGCGGUGUCUUGUCCAGCUGUUCUCCAGGGUUGGUGUUCCGGACGAGAUCAUAACAGACCAGGCGACAAACUUCACCUCCAGACUCCAGCAGCUCUUCCAUCAACAGUUGGGCAUUGCAGCAAUAAAGACCACCCCAUACCACUCGCAGACUGAUGGGUUGGUCGAACGGUUCAACUAAACCCCGAAGAAGAUGCUGCAGAAGUUCGUCGCCG